CCGGUCGCCCCACGCCGUGUCCCCACUCUCCAAGGCCCCAACCCUUAUCACACUCCACCCUCGCUCCAACCCCUAUCUUUUAAUCUCCAAUUCACAAGUUUUCUCCAGAAAGAAAAAAAAUAUCAGACCCUGUUUCCCCUCCGUAAUGGCAUCCUUUAUAAGCUAAGCUUCUGGCUUUCAUUGGCUCUUCACCAUCUCUCUCUGCCUCUGGGUUUCCGCGUUGUUCGUAUCUUUAGCGUACAAGAAAUUUUGAUGUUCUCUCGCAAAUUCUGUGACUUCUCUGCGCUGCAAAUCUGGGAUAGCAUAAUUUUCAUCUAAAAUAUUUUGCUUUUCUAAUGAAUGGUGGUUUGGUUGUUGGCAUGAAGAUGUGAAUUCUCUGGCAACCAAAGACGAUGUCAUUCAGUGGGAUAGGUAUUGGGCUGAGUGUGGUGUUUGGCUCCCUUCUUUUGGCUCUGAUCGCUCAGCUUUACUAUUUAUUAUGGCGGAAAAGGAGGACGCACGCAGAGAUUGGGAAUGAUGAGAGCAAUUAUACGAAGCGAAUGCUUGACGGGGCGUGCUGGAAGACCAUAUCUUCACUGCACACUACCACCAGAGGCCCAGAAACGAAGAUUCUUGAAAGUGACGUUGAGUUGGGUACUACUACUACUCACAAGGAUGUGGUAUUGAAGAGCUUGGGAGAAGAUAGUGUGGAGUCAGAGCUCAUGAGGCUGCACAACCUCGCUGGUCCGCCCAGAUUUCUCUUCACAAUCAAGGAGGAGACCAAGGAGGAUUUGGAGUCCGAGGAUGGAAAAUCCAGAAAAGGGUCUAGAACUAGGAGCUUGAGUGAUCUUAUGGUGGCAAUUGAUACUCCAUUUCUCACACCUGUGGCUUCUUCACCGUUGAAAUCCCCUUUGAACCCUCUUGAUUCUUACAAGCACCAAGGAUUCAACCCUCUCUUUGAAUCAUUGUCGGAACCAGAAAUUAACAGAUUUAGAUCUUCGCCUCCGCCAAAGUUUAAGUUCCUCAGAGAUGCAGAGGAGAAAUUGUACCGAAGAAUAAUUGAAGAAGCUCACAAAAGGGCGCAGAGCAAUCAGGGGUCUGUUUCGGAAUCUGGGCUUAAAGAGUCUCCGAACCCAACAACGGUGAUAGACGAGAGAGAUGGGUCUUUCCUUAGACUCAUCAAGAACAAAGAAAGGGACCAGAGGGAGGUUCAACAACAUCAGGUGCUUCCGCUGGCAUCUUCUCCAACAACAUUCAGACCUCUGGAGAAGGAAUCGAUGGUCCGCUAGAUUUUCCAUGAGUAAAAUAUCAAGCCUCUGUUCAUUUUUCCCCCGCUCCACAUGCAGAUUAAUUUAUCUAAAUGACUUUGUACUAAUUUCAUGUUUUACAAUUUACAUAGCAGCAUGAUGAUUUUUCUA